AUGGACCAACCAAUCGCGAAGCAGUUGGUGGACAAGAUGUAUGAGAAGAGGAAGGCGGCGGCAUUGGAGUUGGAGAAGCUUGUGCGCGAAUGUCAUGCGGUCGGCGACGAAAAGCGUAUCGGCCAAAUAAUCGACCAGUUGAUCGACCACUUUGCCGGCGUAUCCAACGCAUUGCAUGUCCGAAACGGCGGACUCAUCGGACUGGCUGGGACCGGUAUUGCCCUUGGAGUCGACAUCGCGCCGUACAUGAACCGUUUCCUCGACCCGCUCCUCACGUGUUUCAGCGACCCCGAGAACCGCGUGCGCUACUUUGCGGCGGAGUGCUUGUACAACAUCGCAAAGGUGUCGAAGGGAGAGGUCCUGGUCUACUUCAACCCCAUAUUUGACGCUCUCAGCAAAUUAGCUGCGGAUCCCGAGCUGUCCGUGAAGAACGGCGCCGAAUUGCUCGAUCGGCUUUUGAAAGACAUCGUCGCCGAGUCUGCAUCGACAUACGUCCCCCAUUAUCCUGAAACCGAGAAGGUCAGAGACUCGACAGACCAAGGGAUCGUUGUGCCUCAUCUGGAUGCGGAAGGCAACAUCUCCUACGAGAGGCGGGCGUUCUCCCUUGCUCGCUUCAUUCCUCUAUUAUCCGACAGAAUCUACGUCAUCAGCCCCUUCACACGAAGUUUCUUGGUUUCAUGGAUCACUGUGCUGGAUUCUGUACCGGAACUGGAGUUGAUAUCGUAUCUACCCGAGUUCCUUGACGGACUCUUGAAGUAUCUCUCCGACCCGACGGAGGACGUCAGGAUCGCCACGCAGAACCAGUUGGCGGAGUUCUUGCACGAGAUUAAGGAGAUCACACUCGUGCAGAAGCGCCAUGAAGAGGCGAGGCGAUUGGACGUCGCAACGGCCGAGAGCCGCGCUGCCUUCGCAGAGAGCGAGUCGAUAGCUGGCACAACUGCGGCGUCGGAUGCAGGAACUGUCAACCGGGAAGAGGCCUUAUCUGCCGAGCCAGAGGAGGUAGAGCCCGACGUAGCGUCACCGAAGGAGUUACAGGACCGUGAUCCAGGCACGUGGAUACCUGGUCAAGGCGUGGAGAUACACUACGAGGCUAUCAUCGAGAUACUGCUUCAGCAACUCAGUCCUGGGUAUGACGAGAUCCAACAAAGCACUGCGCUCUUAUGGAUAUCGGAGUUCCUGACGUUUGCACCUGAAGUUCUCGUUCCCUUCACGCCUCGCCUCAUACCCGCCGUCUUGCCAAACCUCGCACACCAUGCCCCCAUGAUCCAGAGCUCCGCUCAAGUAACGAACAAACGACUAUCCGAGGUGAUCAAGGCGUUGCCAUCGCCUUCUGACGUUCCUUCACGCCAAACAACAAUGCGCCCAACCGGACCAUCUCCUCGACCAGGUUCUCCAGCACCUGUACGACCAUCUGCGGGCUCACCCGCCCUAUCCCGUGACAGUGGCACACCGCUUCCUCCCACCGCGGACUCGUCGUCCGAGACGCACGUGGCACCGAGCAAACGCAAUAGCCUUCCUGGGGAUGGUGGCAUCUCGAGACUGGCAGCGUUCACGUCCGCCGACCCGAAUGCUCCACCAUUGCCUUCAUCCGCAUCCCAGUCCCAACGAGCUCAAUCUCCCACGUCUAUCCGGAGUAGCGCGGGUACAACAUCGAGGGAUAAAGAAAAGGAGAAGGAGGCAGAACCCAGUAAUACGCCGGGCGAUGUCUUCGAUUAUCAGGCGUCUGUGAACGCGUUGACGUUCCAGUUCUUGAGCGAGCAUGAGGAUACUCGUGUCGCGGCGCUGAAGUGGCUGAUUAUGCUGCACCAGAAGGCCCCGAAGAAGAUCCUCGCCAUGGACGACGGCACUUUCCCAGCUCUAUUGAAGACGCUGUCAGAUUCAUCAGAAGAGGUCAUCAAACAAGACUUGAGGCUGCUUGCCCAGAUCUCGUCAACCUCAGACGACAACUACUUCCGCCUAUUCAUGGUCAACCUCCUUGCUCUGUUCAGCACUGACAAGAAGUUGCUGGAAACGCGCGGAAGCUUGAUCAUUCGGCAACUGUGCUUCAACCUCAACACGGAUCGCGUAUACAAGGCGUUUGCUGAGAUUCUCGAGAAGGAAGAAGACCUCGAGUUCGCUAGCAUUAUCGUGCAGAAGCUGAGCAUGAUCUUGAUCACGUCGCCCGAGCUUGCCGAUUUCCGAAGACGGUUGAAGACUCUGGAGACGCGACAAGACGGGCAAGCGCUGUUUGUAUCGCUAUAUCGUUCAUGGUGCCAUAACCCCGUAUCGGUGUUCUCGCUUUGCCUGCUGGCGCAGUCGUAUGAGCACGCGUCGAAUCUUCUGAGCAUCUUUGCCGAAUUGGAGAUCACCGUCUCACUGCUGGUGCAGAUCGACAAACUGGUACAGCUGAUAGAGUCGCCCGUAUUCACAUACCUGCGUCUCCAACUACUUGAGCCAGAUCGAUAUCCAUACCUCUUCAAGUGUCUCUACGGCCUGCUCAUGCUGUUACCUCAGAGUACUGCAUUCGUCGCGCUUCGCAAUCGACUGAACGCGGUCAACUCGGCAGGAUUCCUGCACAUCGCGCCCAAGCCAUCAUCAGCCGCCGCUUUGUCUUCACGGUCGAAGCUUGUGCGCGAUGAGAUCAAGUGGGGGGAGCUGCUCUCCCACUUCCGGGCCGUACAGAUCAAGCACGAGAAAGCGCGAAGGAAAGAUUCGGGCGGGUCGUUCCACGAACCAGCGUUCCCAGAUAUGAACCAGAGCGCGGUUGGUGAAAUGACAGGGCGCCCUCCCAUUAAACGCAAGGUCACUGGAGACGUCUCCUCAUCCAACGGGUUGUCCGUGAACGUCCCACCGGCAGCGCAGAACGGAAGACCCCCAUCUCGUACGGGAGGUGGAGGCGGUCUCAGUCCAUUGAACCCCGGUCGCACGAGAGUUCAGGGCACGUUGCCUAGUGUUCUCGGUAUGUCGGGCAACCGUACAGCUGGGAACAAGUCAAAGCAGGGGAGCAUACCGUUGCUGGGGCGAAAGACAUGA